ACGUAGUUUGGAGAUCGCGCGCCGACCCGGGGGAAGUCCAAGUUAUGCCUCCCUACUAUCUGAGCAUCCUUUCCCAGCAGUAGCGGGGGGGAAGGGGGGGGGGAGAAGCCAAACAAGCCCAAAGUUUUUCCCGUGACUCUCGAAAAGAAAGAGUCGACAUGGAUGACACCGCGCUGUUCGCGGGAGCUCCUUCGCGCGGCCGGAGAAUGAUAACAUAGGCGCGCACUUUGUCUGCGUGGCUUUUUCAUUCUGUAUGCGAGGACGCGAAAGAGAAGAAGAAGAAGGAGAGGAAGAAGAAGAAGAAGAAGAAGGGGAGGAAGAAGACAAAAAAGAAGCUGGACUGUGGGGGAAGUUUGAGGCCAGGGGCUCGGCUAUGGCGCGGGGCAGCGGAGACGCCGCGGCGGCCAAGGCUCCCGACGUCCAGGGGCAGAGGAGGAGGAAGAAGAAGAAGAAGGGCAAGGAGAGCAAAACCAGGACGGUGCGCGCGAACAUCCUGCACGACCCGGCCAAGGGGGGGGAGAGCCCCCACCGGCAGUACGCGAGCAACGAGAUCAAGACCACCAAGUACACGGUGCUCUCCUUCCUGCCCAAGAACCUCUUCGAGCAGUUCCACCGCUUCGCCAACGUCUACUUCGUCUUCAUCGCGCUGCUCAACUUCGUGCCCGCCGUCAACGCGUUCCAGCCCGAGCUGGCGCUGGCGCCCGUCGUCUUCAUCCUGUCGGUCACCGCCAUCAAGGACCUGUGGGAGGACUACCGCCGGCACCGCUCGGACAAGGAGAUCAACCACAUGGACUGUCUGGUCUACGCCAGAGCGGAGAGACGCUACGUGGAGAAGUACUGGAAGGAGGUGCGGGUGGGAGACUUCAUCCGGCUGCGAUGUAACGAGAUCCUCCCCGCCGACGUGCUGCUGCUGAGCACCAGCGACCCCGACCGCCUGUGCCACAUCGAGACCGCCACACUGGACGGAGAGACCAACCUCAAGCAGAGGCAGGUCGUCCGCAGCUUCUUCGACCUGGAUUGUGAUUUUGACCCCUUAAAAUACAACGGCAUCAUUGAAUGUGAAAAACCCAACAAUGACCUGAACAGAUUCCGAGGCUACAUAAUCCAUCGGAGCGGCAGGAGAGAUGCACUUUACAAGGAGAACCUGCUGCUGCGUGGCUGCACCAUCCGCAACACAGAGGAGGCUGUGGGAAUAGUCAUUUACGCAGGUCACGAGACCAAAGCCAUGCUGAACAACAACGGCCCGCGCUACAAGCGCAGCAAACUGGAGAGACAGAUGAAUGUGGAUGUGUUCUGGUGUGUGAUCAUCCUGCUGGUCAUGUGCCUGUUUGCUGCUGUGGGUCAUGGGCUGUGGAUGUUUCAGUAUGGAGAUAAGAGGCCCGUGUUUGACGUCCUCAGUCCAGAGGGGACAGACUUAUCACCCAUCAUGUCGGCCAUUUAUCUCUUCCUCACUAUGAUCAUCGUCUUUCAGGUGCUGAUACCCAUCUCCCUUUUUGUGUCGAUUGAGAUCGUCAAGAUCUGCCAAGUGUACUUCAUCCAUCAGGAUAUGGAUCUGUACGACGAGGAGACGGACUCUCACCUGCAGUGCCGGGCUCUUAAUAUCACCGAGGAUCUCGGCCAGAUGCAAUACAUCUUCUCUGACAAGACGGGCACGCUGACGGAGAACAAGAUGGUGUUCCGCCGCUGCACUGUGGCAGGGGUGGAGUACUCCCAUGAUGCCAAUGCUAGGAGACUUGCUAUGUACCAGGAGAUGGAUUCUGAAGAGGAGGAGUGCACAUCUCACGGUGGCACCUUGCCCAGGCGGGACAGUGUGACCAGCCACCACAGCGCCCCGGUGGUGGUGCUGCGCUCCCAGAGCACCAAGUCCCAUCGCCGGACGGGCAGCAGGGCGGAGGCCAAGCGCGCCAGCAUCCUGUCCAAGCACACGGCCUUCAGCAGCCCCAUGGAGAAAGAUAUCACCCCCGACCCGCAGCUCCUGGACAAAGUCAAUGAAUGCAGCGGUCAGAUGGACUUCAUGCGAUUUCACAGCCAGCCAAUGUCGCAACUGCCCUCUGACCUCUCAGACAUCAUUGAUUUCUUUAUCGCCCUCACCAUCUGCAACACAGUGGUGGUGUCCUCCCCCAACCAGCCCAGGCAGAAGGUCCGCAUGAGGUUUGAGCUCAAGUCCCCGGUCAAGACCAUCGAGGACUUCAUCAAACGCUUCACCCCCAGCCGGUUGACCUCGGGCUCCAACAGCAGCAGCUCCUCCAGCCUCGUCACGAACCGCUCCUCCAACAAGGGAUGCUCCAGCAUGCUGUCCUCCCCCUCUGCGGAGAGCACGCUCACCAAGCUGGACGAGGAGCACCCUCGCGGGGGCCUGGACCAGGCCUUCAGCCCCGCCCCGCCCUCCUAUGACGGUAAGCUGUGGAACCUGGAGGAGGGCGAGCUGCGCUACGAGGCGGAGUCGCCCGACGAGGCUGCGCUCGUCUACGCCGCCAGGGCCUACAAAUGCUCCCUCGUCGGACGCCUCCCUGACCAGGUGACCGUGGAGCUGCCGCACCUGGGGAAGCUGAGCUUCGAGCUGCUGCACACGCUGGGCUUCGACUCCACCAGGAAGCGCAUGUCCGUGGUGGUCAGGCAUCCGCUGACGGAUCAGAUCACUGUGUACACUAAAGGAGCCGACUCUGUCAUCAUGGACCUCAUCAAACCUCCCAACACAGGUAACUCCAAAGGGAAGCGCCAGAAAAAGAUUGUCUACAGGACCCAGAACUACCUGAACCUGUAUGCAGCCGAUGGCCUUCGCACACUGUGCAUUGCAAAAAAGAUCAUGAGCAAGGACGAGUAUGCCUGCUGGCUGCAGCGCCACCUGCAGGCUGAGACGGCCAUUCAGGGAAGAGAGGAGCUGCUCUACGAGUCGGCCCUGCGACUGGAGACGAACCUCCAGCUUUUAGGGGCGACGGGCAUCGAGGACCGCCUGCAGGAUGGCGUGCCUGAAACGAUUGCUUCCCUGCGGAAGGCCGGCCUGCAGAUAUGGGUUCUGACGGGCGACAAACAAGAAACAGCCGUAAAUAUUGCGUAUGCCUGCAAGCUGCUCGACCCCGAGGAGGAGAUCCUGACACUGAAUGCUGAUUCCCAGGAGGGCUGUGCGUUGUUGCUGGAGGAGAGUUUACACUACAUCCAGACCAAAUUCCUCUGCAGCGCCACAGACCAAGCUGCCAAGGCCUUCCACGCUAACUUUGCGCCCUUUGAGAUCUAUCCCUCUUCAUCUCCGCCCUCAUCCUCCCACACAAUUCCCUUAGUGGUGCACCGGUUGGGUCUGGUUAUCGAUGGGCGGACUUUGGCUUAUGCCCUGGAUAAGAGUUUGGAGGAUAAGUUUCUGGCUGUAGCACGGAGCUGCCGCUCGGUCCUCUGCUGCCGCUCCACGCCGCUGCAGAAGAGCAUGGUGGUCAAACUGGUGCGCAACAAGCUGAAGGUCAUGACUCUGGCCAUAGGUGACGGGGCCAACGAUGUCAGCAUGAUCCAGGUAGCGGACGUGGGCGUGGGGAUCUCGGGACAGGAAGGCAUGCAGGCAGUAAUGGCGAGCGACUUUGCCCUCCCACGUUUCCAGUAUCUCCAGAAGCUUCUGCUCGUCCACGGACACUGGUGCUACUCCCGGCUGGCAAACAUGAUUCUGUAUUUCUUCUACAAAAAUGCUAUGUUUGUGGCGCUUGUCUUCUGGUAUCAGUUCUACUGUGGAUUCUCAGGUUCAGCCAUGAUUGACCAGUGGUAUCUCAUCUUCUUCAACCUGAUGUUCUCCGCCUUUCCACAACUCAUCACUGGCACUCUGGACAAAGACGUGUCCACAGAGACUCUCCAACAACUACCUCAGCUCUACGUGUCCGGCCAGAACUCCGAGGAAUAUAAGCCAUAUAUGUUCUGGAUGAACAUGAUCGACGCCUUCUACCAAAGCCUGGUCUGCUUCUUCAUUCCUUACUUUGCCUAUGCUGACUCUGAUGUGGAUCUGUUUACAUGGGGAACUCCUAUCACCAGCCUUGCUUUAUUUACCAUUCUGCUGCACUUGGGCAUUGAGACCAAAACCUGGACCUGGAUGAACUGGCUGUCGAUCGCCUUCAGCGUGGCUUUGUUCCUCACUGUGGCUCUGUGCUACAACGCCUCCUGUCCCACCUGCUACUCCCCCUCCAACCCCUACUGGACCAUGCAGAGGCUGCUGCAGGACCCUCUCUUCUACCUGCUCUGCGUCAUCACACCUGUAGCAGCGCUGCUGCCCAGAUAUUUCUACAGGGCGUGUCAAGGCACGCUGUUUCCCAGCCCGGUCCAAGUUGGAAGGCAGUUGGAUAAACUCCCCGCUGAAACCCGCAGGAACAUCCUCAGCCUGAGCCGGGUCAAGGUGGGGUCACCGCUCAGCCCCGAGCCUCCCUUCCUGUCCCUUACCAAGCCUUCCCCUAAAGGUUGCAAUAAAAAGGACCAGAGGGGCUUCCCCGGCUCCGAGACAUCACAGGCCAAAAAGGGGCCCGUCUUACCAGCGGAUGAAGAAACGGGCCAGAGAAGCCCACUGGAGCCCUCGGACAGUGAGAUGGGCCCCUCCGAUAUCUACACAUUAGUGCCUAAGGAAAUAGACGCCCCUCCCUACACCAAAGACGCUCCUCCGUUCUUGGAGGAGCGGCGGCCUCCCUCCGACAAAGACUCGGAGUGCCUCGAUAAGACUUUAGAGCUGUCGGAGCGGAGUCUUUCCAGCUGGAUAACCUCCACGCCUCUGCUCGCACAGACAGACUGUGUGCAGUUGACUCUGCCCCCUGACGGAGGCUCGCGGUGCGUGAAAUACACGAGGAACUCUGAGGAAAGACUCCCGCUCGACCACGCUGUUCAUCCAGCGCACGGGACGGAGCAGAUGGCGGAGCAGUCGCUGCACAUCACCUUGUGAUUGUCUAAAGGUCUUAAGUAUGUUGACUCAAACUCAAAUUUGCACGAUUAGUUUUUUAAAAUCUAAUUUUAUUGUAUUUUUCAAGGAGAUUCUUUUAUAUAAAUAUAAAAAAAAAGAAGCUAAAAAUAGGUACUAUAUAUUUUGGACGUUUAAAGCCAAAGAUCUUUUUGAGAUUUGGAAGAUGGAAGAACUGGAAUAUCUUCCGUAUUUGUUUUGUUUUCUUUCUUUUUUUAUCUUGGGAAAAUUGUAUUCAAAUUAUGCACCUCAGUACUUAUUCAGGAUUGAAAUGUGGUGUAAGGAGAGCAAAGUUGAGACAUUCCACAGUUGGGUAUUUGGGAGUUUUGUUUUCUCUCUGAUAUGGUACCCUGUUCAUUCCUUCAGCUUGGCCUGUAAACGCAAUAAGGCCCGGCUCAGACGCCACUGUGGCCUUAAAUCUGACUCGUUAUUCCUGAGGAGAGAUGCUUUAUAUCCACAGAAACACGUGAGGAUUUCCUUCCAGUUAACUGCUCGUCUCUUUUGACAUGCGUCGACAAAUAGCGGCAUUAGUUCAGUGCACAUUUGUUGCUGGAUUUUAUUUUAUUUAAAAAAAAUUGCUAAGUUUCAGAAGCUAUUAAGUCUGUUUAUAACAGUAAUGUCUUACAUUCCACUGAAAAAUUGUGAGAGCUUAAGGUUUUUAGUUUUAUCACAUUAGAAAUUGUUAAUUUCAGCAAAAGUCUACCAGAAAUUAUGCUCUCUCUCUCUGUCUCUCUAUCUCUCUCUCUCUUUGUCUCUCUCUCUCUCGCUCUCUCUUUGUCUCUCUCUCUCUCUUUGUCUCUCUCUCUCUCUCUCUGUGUGUGUGUGUGUGUGUGUGUGUGUGUGUGUGUGUGUGUGUGUGUGUGUGUGUGUGUGUGUGUGUGUGUGUGAGACAAAGUAAAUGAUUGUGUUUAACUGACAGGUGAAGUGGUGUUCCACCUUGCGUUUAAUUACUAUAAUAGCCACGUCUUUGCAACUGGAGAAGAACUUAGUAAUAAAGCGCUGAGCUCACAG